CUGCAUGGAAACAUAACAAUUCAAGGCUUGCGGUUGGCAAACACCAGUAGAUUUGAAAGCUGCCUUUGUUUUGUAAAUCCUUUAAUUUUAUCACAAGGAACUUUAGUUUCGUUUGAGCGCGAUCAUCUGACGAAGAGAUGUCAUUCCUCAAGUCACUAAUAUUUUGUUUUAUGAUGUAACUCUCUCCAUGUGUGUUUCUCAGCAAAAGAUUUUAGUUCUUUAUUACUGGGAUUUGAAUGCUAACAUUCCUUCGGUAACUAAUAUUUUGUUAGGCUAUUUUCCUAUCUUUCUUGCUUGAAUUUAUUAAAAAUUUCCAUGCUGAUAUUGAUUAUUCUUCAACUUUACUCUUGUUUUUAAUCAGAAGUGAUCGGUACUAGAUGAUUGUUGCCAGGAAGCAAAUGAAUAUGAAACUGUUCUUGCUUAGGGAAGCAAACACAAUUAGAAGUAGUAUAACUUGUGUUUGCCCAAAUUAAUGUUUUUCUUAGUAAGCUUGAUAGUUCCUUCUGUGGACGUAUCAACAUGUUUAAUUAAGAGGGUAUUUAUUA